CCGCCGAGCCCGCCACGGGGUGGGGGUGGAGGGUGGGGGUCCGGGGACUACAGGCCAAUGUGGCCCCCUGGGGCGGGGGGCGCACCCGCGAUGGGCUCGGAGGGGGGCUAGGAUUCCUGAGCCAGGGAAGAGCACUGUGGGCCUGGGGCGAGGGCCGGGCUAACGGGCUCCAGGAGAAGAAUUAACUGCCAAUUAGAGAGAUUAAUGAAGGAGGCAGGGCGGCCCCUCCCUGGCCGCAGAGAAAGUGGAGCAGGAGGCUUCUCUGGGAGCAGGGGCUGAGGGGACGCCGGGGUCCCCUCUAGGAGGUGGAGGGGCUGGCUGGGGACGCCAGGGUCCCCUCCAGUAAGGGGAGGGGCUGCGGAGAGCCACGCCCGGGUGCCCUGAGGGAGGUGGUGGAUAGCGUGGGGACAGCUGCACUUGUGCUGGCCCCGGGGGGCAGGGGCUGCGAGGAGCGCGCUGAUUGGCCGGCCGAGGCGGGCUCCAGGCCAGCGCGGGGGAUGGUGGGUGGUGGUGGUGGUGGCGGCGGCUGGCUUGGGGGCAGGGUAAAGGGGCCGGGCCCCGGGGGGCGGGGCCCGGGCCCUGGGGGCGGGCAGAACUGAACCAGACCAAGCCGCUGGCCGGGCGGGCGCCCCCACUUCUCCGCGGCACUGACCAUGGCAACAGUGGGCCUGGGCCAGAUCUUGGCUAGAAAACUGCGUCCAUUGCCUCGCCUGCUCUGGACCUCCCAGAGAUGCUCAGCCAGCAUCUUCAAGGCCUCAGAAUUGCAGGUGGAGCUAUGCCAGACCCAGCAGAGGAAGCCAGGCAGCGGGGAACCCCUGAUCUUUGGGAAGCAGUUCACAGACCACAUGUUGACCGUGGAGUGGUGUAGCAAACAGGGAUGGGGUGCACCUUGCAUCCGUCCCUUUGGGAGCCUCAUGCUACACCCUGCCUGCUCGGCCCUUCACUACGGCAUCGAAGUCUUUGAAGGCCUGAAGGCUUUCCGAGGAAAGGACCAGAGAGUGUGCCUCUUCCGGCCUUGGCUCAACAUGGACCGCAUGUUACGCUCCUCCUUACGGCUCUGCCUGCCGGCCUUUGACAAACUAGAACUUUUGGAAUGUAUCCGCCGCCUGGUGGAGAUCGAUGAGAAGUGGGUGCCUAGCGGGAAUGAAAGGAAGGCUAGCCUCUACAUCCGGCCCACACUCAUCGGCAAUGAGUCGAGUCUGGGUGUCCACCCUCCCAUGAAAGCCCUGCUGUACGUCAUCCUAAGUCCUGUGGGCGCUUAUUUCUCUGGUGACUCCUUAACACCCAUCUCGCUACUGGCCGACCCCCGCUUUGUCCGAGCCUGGAUCGGCGGGGUUGGUGACUGCAAGCAGGGAGGGAAUUACGGGCCGACGGUGUUCGUGCAGCAGACCGCCAACCAAGAGGGUUGUGAGCAGGUCUUGUGGCUUUAUGGCCCAGACCACCUGCUCACUGAGAUAGGGACCAUGAACAUCUUCAUCUUCUGGACCUACAAAGAUGGCGUGCUAGAGCUGGUGACCCCCCCACUGGACGGGAUCAUUCUCCCAGGGGUGAUUCGGCAGAGCCUGCUGGACCUGGCCCGGACGUGGGGGGAGUUUCGAGUGUCCGAGCGCUCAGUGAGCAUGUCGGAGCUGCUGCUGGCCCUUCGAGAGGAGCGCGUGCUGGAGAUCUUCGGCUCAGGCACGGCAUGCCAGAUGUGCCCAGUGCAUCGCAUCCUCUACCAGGGUGAGCACCUCCACAUUCCCACCAUGGAGAACGGGCCUAACCUCACCCUAAGAUUCCAUAAGACAUUGUGUGACAUCCAGUAUGGAGAUGGCAGUCACGAGUGGAUGCUCCCUGUGUGACCGGAGUCCAGAUCAGGCUCUACCUGCUCUCUGUACUGCCCUCCCCCCACCUCAGCCAAAGAGUCCAAGUGCAAUAUAGCUCUCCAGCCAGGUGGUCUGGGACCCCCAAAGCCAUAUGGGCCAGCGUCCAGGCAUCUGGCCCCAUUCCCUCACCCUCAGGUAGCGCCCCGCUCCGUUCCUCACCAGCUUCAGCGGGCAAAGCUGGGGGCCUGGAUGAUGUCAGAAGAGGCCCCUCCUCCGAUCCCCCAGCCCCCUACUCCUAUCUGAGGCUGCAGUGGAUUUUUUUUUUCCCCAGCAUUUUCCAAAUAAAGAACCAAAGACAAGGGGA